CAUUGCUAACAAUCAAUGCAAAACUUAAUAACAACCAUCAUAAAAAUUAUUUAGAUUCAUCAUCAUCAUCAUCAUCAUCAUCAUCAUCAUCAUCAUCAUCAUCAUCAUCAUCAUCAUCAUCAUCAUCAUCAUCAUCAUCAGCAGCAUCUUCGUCAUCAACUCCAAAUAAUCAAUCAGAUUUAGCUACUGUUCCAUUCACUCCAGAUGAUAAUGUUUUUAAUAAUAAUAAUAAUAAUAAUCCGCCUACACCUGGUAAAACCAAAUUUAAAUCUAGAUUUUCACCAAACUCAAAACCAUAUUCUUAUCCACAAGAAUAUGAUAACUAUGGGCAAUCUUCAUCAACACCACAAAAUAUUAAUAACACCUACAAUUCAAUUUGUUUAGGUACUAAUAACAAUAACAAUAGCAAUAGUAGUGCGAGUAAUAGCUUUGAAAAUAAUGAAGAAAACAAUAAUGAAAACGAUAAUAAUGGAAGUAGUAGUGGUGGAGAUAAAGUACCACAAAUGGAUUCAUCAUUUAUGGCAUUAAAAUUAUUAAAAGAUAAUCCAAACAAAUCAUUAUUCUCCAAAGCAAGAAAAAUACUGGGAUUGGGUAAUAUUUCAUCUUCUUCUCUUUCUCCCUCUUCUUUUGUUCAACAAAUUUCAAAUUCUGCAUCUGCUUCUUCCACACCAACAUCAUCUUCAUCAACUCCUUUAUCAUCACCUACAACCACAACCUCUUCUGUUGCUGCAGCUAUAAUAAAUAAAAUUUCAUCAACUCCAAAAUACUUUUCAAAUCAAAAUCAAAAUCAAAAUAAUAAUAAUAAUAAUAAUAAUAAUAAUAUAAGUAAUAAUAGUAAUUUAUCAGCAUUUUCAACUCCUGGUGGCAAUGACCAUGUUCCAAACUUUGAAAGUAAUUCAUUUUUAGCACAAUCUCCAUUUCAAGAUAUUUUAAAUUCUCAAAAAUUGGACCAAUUACAUCAACUUACCCAAACUAACCAAUUAUCAAAGUCAAAAGUUUUAUUGAGAAAUCAUAAAAAUUCCAAUCAAACUGAAUCAAAUAGCCGUAGUACCAUAGAAUCAAUAAAUAGUAAUGGUAGUAACAAUGGUAAUAAUAGUGGUAGUAGUAAUAGUGGAAGCAAUAGUGAUAAGAAUAAUGGAAAACCAAUUUCAUUUCGAUUAAUGGAAAGUUCUAAACCAAUAGAAGGUCUAUAA